GACGAUGGCUCAUUCCAGAUCGGAGCACACGCACACAACCAUCCCGUAGACGUCGGCGCAGCAGUCUCAGCCACUAUCUCAGCCAAAGUCAAAGCGAUCGCCGCCGAGAACAUCUUCCGACCAGCGUCGAGUAUCGUCGAGGAGAUACUUCUACAAGAGCUGACUGAUGCUCCCUGCCCGAGUCUACCCAAACCUGAAUACAUCGCCAGGACUGCCAACCGGUUCCCCCAACGCCUGAGGCCAAAAGACCCAACAGACUUAGCCUUCGAGUUAGAGCACGACCACCUCCCGGCUGGCUUCUUCCGCGCCGAUGUUCAAGUACAUGGCCGUCGCCACUUGAUGUUUGCCACAGAACAGCAACUACAGUACCUCGCCCGAGCAAAGAACUGGUACGUGGACGGCACCUUCAAACUCUGCAGACCUCCCUUCACCCAGCUCCUCACCGUGAACGCCUUCGUAAAAUAG